AGUGACAAAUGGAAAACUUCACUACAACUUUACCAGUCUGGAUAACUUGAUGGAUCUUCUCUGGAAAAACAAACUCAUUCCAGGAUUUGAAUUGAUGGGAAGCCCUUCAGGAUACUUUACAGAUUUUGAAGACAAAAAACAGGUUAUAAGAUGGAGGAGCCUAAUUGCACUUCUGGCCAAGAGAUACAUAGAUAGAUAUGGAUUGGAACAUGUUGCCAAAUGGAAUUUUGAAACUUGGAACGAGCCAGAUCAUCAUGACUUCGAUAAUGUGUCAAUGAGUGUCAAAGGGUUUCUCAAUUAUUACGACGCAUGCUCAGAAGGGUUAAGAGAAGCUAGUUCUUUACUGAAAUUUGGAGGCCCAGGAGAUUCUUUCCAUCCAUUCCCAAAGUCGCCCAUCUGCUGGAGUCUUCUACAUCACUGCUACAAUGGAACCAACUUCUUCACUGGAGCGACUGGUGUCAGGUUGGACUACAUAGCCCUACAUAAGAAGGGAGCUGGAAGUUCUCUUCACAUCUUAGAGCAAGAAACAGAAGCAAUGGAGCAAAUUCAGAAGUUGUUCCCAAAUUUCACCUCGGUUCCUGUAUACAAUGAUGAAGCAGACCCACUCGUUGGAUGGUCAGUUCCACAAACGUGGAGAGCUGAUGUGACCUAUGCAGCCAUGGUGGUGAAGGUAAUCAUCCAACAUCAAAACCUGCUCAUUUCCAAAGCCAACAACACUAUCAACUACACUUUGCUGAGUAACGACAAUGCCUUCAUGAACUACCAUCCCCAUUACUUCACCCAGAGAACACUGACUGCCCGAUUUCAGAUGAACAACACAAAGCCACCUCAUGUCCAGAUGGUGAGGAAGCCUGUGCUGACCGUAAUGGGAUUGCUGGCACUGCUAGGGGAAAACCAAGUUUUUGCAGAUAUUAUCAGCAAAGACGAAAGUGCCGACACCGACACUGUUGGAGUACUAGCCACCGUGCACGCUCCUGCGGAGCUACAGCCGUCAGACAGCUGGCAGGCCACCAUACUGAUCUACGCUAGUGAUGACAACCGGACAUCCUCUAACAUCAGUGCUGUGACAGUGAACAUUACCCGUUUCCCCAGGCAUGCAGAGCUUGUGUACGUGACAUACCUCCUGGACAACAACCUAACCAAUCCCUAUUUGGAGUGGAAGAAAGUAGGAAGCCCCGAUUUCCCUUCUGUAAAGCAAUUCCAACAAAUAAGGGAUGCCGAGGACCCGGUGGUGACCGGACCAUUCCGAUUUCCUGGGGACGGCCGCCUGAUCUUGAAACAGGAACUCCCACUUCCAUCGGUCUUCCUCAUCCAUGUCUGUGCAAGACCUCACUCUGUUCCCAAUCAAGUGACAGGCGUUCACUUGAUCCCUCUGACAAAGGGGCAGGUUGCAGUACUUUGGGACGAUGACUGCGUGGAUUCGAAAUGUCUGAAAACAUUCGAAGUUGAGUUUUCAUCGGACGGAAAAGCAUACAGACGGAUUAAUGCCAGAGACACGAUCUUCACGCUCUGGGUGUACAGUCCAGGAACCACGGUCUCGGGCUUUUACAGAGUGCGUGCCGUCGACUACUGGAGCAAGCCAGGCCUCUUCUCCAUUCCUGUGCAGUACAUUGAAGCUCUCGCAUGA